ACAACAUAUAAUCAGCGCAUCUCGCUUUCUAUAACGCAAGAAAUAUACUUAGAAAAUUUCAUCAUGAACUUCUACAAGAUCUUCUUCGUCGUUGCCAUCAUCCUGGCCAUCGGGAUGGGGCAGUCGGAGGCCGGUUGGCUAAAGAAAAUUGGCAAGAAAAUAGAACGCGUUGGCCAGCACACUAGGGAUGCCACCAUCCAGGGACUGGGCAUUGCUCAACAAGCAGCCAAUGUGGCAGCCACAGCUAAAGGCUGAGGUCUCCUAAUUACAAAUAAUUGUAUUAAUAUUAUUAAAAUGUAUUUCAUAACCUGA